GAUCGCGUCACGUGCACAUGUGACCCGGAUGUGGCGCAGGUUGUGUUGACAUCAGAGCGGCUGAGAUCAUCAUUAGAUCAUGUUUAUAUUUCUGCGUUUCUUGUGAAUCGAAGCGGCGCGUCAGUCGGUGUACCGGCGUCAGGUGGAGUGUGUUCUGGUCCUGCUCCAUGUGCGGCGCUGAGACCCGGGCCGCAGUCCUGCAGUUCUGAGCGAGCGUCGUCAUGGCGACGGCGGCGGGCGACGACCCGGAGAGCCUGAUGACCCUGGUCACCGUGUUCUGCCUGAAGAACCUGCGCAGAACCCUGUGCUACAGCGAGCAGAACCGACUGCGGCUGCGGCCCGACGUGUUCCUGCCCAGCGAGAUCUGCGACCGGCUGCUGCACGCCUACAUGGAUCUGGUGCACACAGACAGUGAGUUCGAGCCGCAGGACGGGUUCUUCCAGCUCUUCAGUGACCCGCGCAGCACCAGAAUCACACGCCUGCACCUGCGGGACGACUUCAUCCGGGACCGGGACCUGGAGGCCCUCGCCAAACAGGAUCUGAUGGAGCUGCACCUGAGCUCCUGCACGCGCGUGACGGCCCGAGGCCUGCGGACGCUCCUCCGCUUCAGGCACUCUCUGCUGUCGCUCAGCCUCUUCGGCUCCUCCAGCCUCUUCUUCAGGCCAGCGUGUGACGACGAGGAGGAGGACGCGGAGGAGGACGCGCGCGCGCACACGCUGGACCGCAGCUUCAGCUUCCAGGGCUUCAGUCGUCUGCGCGUGCUGAACGUGGGCGGCCUGACGCCGGAGCUGGACGUGGAGUCGCUGCUGACGCCCCUGCCCGCGCUGAGCUCGCUCGACCUGUCCGGCGUACACGUUCCUCGCCCCGCCUUCCUCGCGCAGUGGAAGCAGCGGCUGGCGUCCCUCGUGCUGUACAACGUGGAGCUGACGGAGGAGCUCACACACACUCUGCUGCAGAUGAGCAAACUCAGACACCUGGAUAUCUCCCGGGAGAACCAGAGAUCCUCCAAGUUUAAGAUGACGAGGAAGAUCUUGAGCAGCCUCGCUCAGGGUCUGGUGGACCUGGUGUCCCUGGACAUCUCCGGACACACCAUGCUGGACAACGUCACGGUGCCGGCGCUGGAGGACGCGCUGGGCCGCCCGAGCAUCGAGCCGAGCAAGAGCAGCAUUUACCCGUUUCAGGAGCUGAAGAGGCCGUUGCAGUUCUUGGGCCUUUACAACACCACACUCUGCACCGUCACACACAUACCAGCGUAUAAGGUCACCGGCUCCAAGAACGAGGAUCAGAUUCUGAACGCUAUAGAGGCGUACACUGAACAACGGCCUGAACUCGCCCAUCGAGCCAUAAACCAGCUGUUCGACAUCGCCAGAAUCCAGCACUGCAGUCAACUACUGCGAGCACUACAGCUGGUGAUCACAGCGCUGAAGACUCAUAAGUACGAUAAGAGCAUCCAGGUGACGGGCAGCGCGGCUCUGUUCUACCUCACCAACACCGAGUACCGCAGCGACCAGAGUGUGUGUCUGCGCAGACAGGUCAUACAGGUCGUGCUCAACGGCAUGGAGCAGUACCAGGAGGUCACGGUCCAGAGGAACUGCUGCCUGACGCUGUGUAACUUCAGUAUCCCGGAGGAGCUGGAGUUCCAGUACGAGCGAGUGAAUCUGCUCCUGCUGAAGAUCCUGGAGCCGCUGCGUCAGGACGAGUCCAUCCAGCGCAUCGCCGUGCACCUGUGCAACGCCCUCGUGUGCCAGGUCGACAACGACCACAAGGAGGCCGUGGGCAAGAUGGGCUUCGUCAAGACGAUGCUGAAUCUGAUCCAGAAGAAGCUGCAGGACAGAAUGUGUGAUCAGGUGAUGGAGUUCUCCUGGAGUGCGCUGUGGAACAUCACUGACGAGACGCCGGAUAAUUGCCAGAUGUUUCUGGAGUGUAACGGCAUGAAGCUGUUCCUGGACUGCCUGAAGGAGUUUCCAGAUAAACAGGAGCUGCACCGAAACAUGCUGGGGCUUCUGGGUAAUGUGGCUGAAGUGAGAGCGCUGAGACCGCAGCUCCUGACCAAGCAGUUCAUCAGCGUCUUCAGUGAGCUGCUGGAGAGUAAGGCGGACGGCAUCGAGGUGUCCUACAACGCCUGUGGGGUUCUGUCCCACAUCAUGUUCGACGGGCCCGAGGUCUGGGCCAUGGAGGAGCCCCAGAGGUCAGAGGUCAUGGACAAAAUGUGGGCGGCCAUCCAGAGCUGGGACGUUAGCUCGCGACGCAACAUCAACUACAGGUCGUUCGAGCCGAUCCUGCGUCUCCUCCCUCAGAGUGGGGCUCCGGUCAGCCAGCACUGGGCCACAUGGGCGCUUUAUAACCUGGUGUCAGUUUACCCGGGAAAAUACUGUCCUCUACUGAUGAAGGAGGGAGGAGUGAUCCUGCUGAAGACCGUCCUGGAUCUGGAGUCCUCUCACCAGGAGACCAAGGACAUGGCACGGAAAGUGAUGGAUCAGUGUGAGAACUUCAAGGAGGAUCCCAUGGACACCAGCAGGUAAAGAUGAUGAAGAUGAAGAUCCAGAAGAGGACGUCACGCUGCUCUCCUGCAACACACGUCUGUCACGUCACACUACAGUGAGGUCACGAGUGAGUGUGUGUGUGUGUGUGUCGGGCUUGUUUCUGUGUUGCACAUGGACC